UGUAUCUGUCAUGCAGUAACCACUCUUUACGAAGUUGUGAAGGUUAUUUUAAAAGUAGUCGUAUAUAAUAUGCGAGCUGCAGAGCCGCGUCAUUGCCGGUCACACCUCUUGCUUCUUGGCGGAUGUGAGUUGUAUACACAAUGAGGCUAUUAUAUCCGAGAUGUCUUUUGCUGUCUGAUAAUGUAAUCAGGAAAUGGAUGAUCAACAUAGUUAACAUCUGAAUAAAGGCUUACAUACACCAGAUAACCAAGACCUCAAUAAGAAAUUGUUAAUUUUUUGCCUUUAGUCAUAGUAAAUACUUUCGAUUUUCCAAUAAAAAUGUUAGUAACAAGUUGGCAAUAACUGUGAGCACACAUGUAGCGAAAAGGAAGGUCAUCAAGCAAUUCUAAGACAACAUUAAUACGAGUAAUAAGUGUUAAUUACUUUAAGUAGUUAAUAUUUCAAGUAAUAAAAACGAAUCCAAUGAAACCAAACUGAGCAAGCCAACGCGCGACGAGUUAAAACAGCGCUCGCUGUUUCGAGGAAUUUAAUUUCUUAAAUAAAAUGACUGACAAAAGUGAAAGUUUGGAAUCUGAGAGAAAAAGUGAGAAGUUAAUAGAUUUGGACCAUGUCCUGGUUAACGAGCUGGGCCAGUUUGGGCGAUUUCAGUUCAAGUACAUCUGUCUCAUUGCGUUGCCUAUCAUGAGCUCGGCUUUCUUCAGUGACUACGUCUUCAUAGCGGCUGCAGUACCGCACAGAUGUCGCAUUUCUGAAUGCGGUGAGAUAAAUAAGAGUGCCGUUUUCCGCCCAGAGUGGAUCACCAACGCAGUGUCGGUCAAAUCGGGGGAUUCUACGCUUUCCAGUUGCGAAAGAUAUGCACCUGCAGGCACUGGCUCUAAUGGCUCUUUGCUGAACUGUCCCAUAGAACUGUUCAAUCAUUCAUAUACCCAGAAAUGCGAUGCAUUUGUGUACGAAAGAGACACUUCUGUCGUAUAUGACUUUGAUCUCGGAUGUAAGGAGUGGCUCAGAACCCUUGCAGGAACCAUAAGUAGCCUAGGAACGUUAUUAGUUCUACCUUUCAUCGGUUACAUUUCUGACCAUUAUGGACGUCGCAUGGCUCUGCUCGUCAGCAUCCUCAAUACGGCUAUCGUAGGAGUGUUCAAGGCUUUUUCUGUAAACUAUACAAUGUUUUUGACUUUGCAACUACUAGAAACAACGUUAGGAGGUGGAUUGUUUAGCGCUGCCUAUAUUUUUGCUGCAGAGCUAGUUGGCCCCAAGUUCCGAGUAUUUACCUCCGCUACAUGUUCCUCGACGUUCGCCACUGGUCAGGUAGUCCUCGGUGCCGUGGCCUGGCUUGUCCAACCUUGGCGGACCUUGGUACUAUCUCUCUACAUCCCGGUCUUCCUUCUCUUAUCUUAUUACUGGGUAUUCUCGGAAAGUAUCAGAUGGCUUUUAUCAAAGAAAAGGUAUGCCGAAGCUAGAAUAGCACUGGAAAAUGUCGCGAGAGUUAACAGAACCAAAAUUAGCGAGAAAUCUAUGAAUGAAUUGAUGAAUCCUCCCACUAAACCGGAGAGAGACGAGAAUCACAGUCUGACGAAAUCAAUAUUGCAAUCCCCUGUUCUGCUCAGACGUGUAUGUACAACUCCUGUCUGGUGGAUCACAACUACGUUUGUUUACUACGGCCUGUCAAUUAACUCAACGAGCCUGUCGAAAACAGUGUAUUUAAAUUAUAUUCUUACCGUUGCAAUAGAAAUACCAGGCUUCUACACGGCCGUGCUCACAUUGGAUAGAUUCGGGAGAAAGACGACGCUUUGUACCGGAUUCUUCUUUAGCGCAGCCUGUAACUUAGCAUUCGUUUUUAUACCAGCAGAGUUGGGUGCCUUCCGCAUGGUGGUGUACUUAGCGGGUAAAUUCGGUAUCUCACUGGUGUUCACAUCUCUGUACCUCUAUACGUCAGAGCUCUACCCCACCGAGUUUAGACAUAGUCUCUUAGGGUUUUCAUCAAUGAUCGGUAGAAUUGGUUCUGUUUGUGCUCCGCUUACACCAUUACUUACUAACCUUUGGCACGGUUUGCCAAACACAAUAUUCGCCAUUUUGGGAUUGAUAUCUGGUGUUCUAGUUCUAUCGCAACCAGAGACACUUGGAACAAACCUACCAGAUACCCUGGAGGAAGCUGAAGAUAUCGGAAAGAUAAAGGCGUAAAAGAUGAAAUUUUCAAAACUAAAACAACAAAAGUACACGGUUUUCAUAUCAAAUUUAAGUUAUGUCAUGUCAUUAACCUAUUCAAUGUCUUAGAGCAUGUCUUGUAUAAAGCAAAUUAAAGUUAUAAGGACAAGGGGUAUAUCCAGAAGGUACCUAUUUAAUAUAUAAAAGCAUUGUUUUAUUUUUAUAAAUCAGAUAUAUCUGGUCUUUUUCUUUAACACUAUUUUAUAAAAAAAAGUAGGUAUAUAGC